AUGGCGUCUGCCAAUCCCAUCACCUCGGCUGCCCCCAGCUCGAACCCCAUUACCUCCGUCUCCCCCAACCCCUACGCCCAUGCCCCCCUCUACCCCGCCACCCCCAACCCGCAGCUCCUCAGCCGCCUCAACCUCGACCUCAGAGGCACCAUCUUCCCCGUCGACAGGGAGAUGCUCAUGCUGCUCCCAGAAAGCGUCCUCCUCGGCCUCUUUCCCCAGGGCCUCAUACUGAGCAAGCCCGCCAGCUCGGAAGGAGCAGACGAUGGUGUCUUUACUGUCGAUUUCGACCCAGACUGCUUCCGGUACAUCAUCAGCUUCUGGGGAGAUGCCCAGGCUUCUUUUUACGGCACCUCUUCUGCGCCCGGCCUCUUUGACGCGCAGCAAAGCAUCCCAAGCAUCGACCCCCUUUCGGACCACGCCCAGAACCCGCUCCUGUCCAAGCAAGCGAUCAUCGUCCUCCGCGAGGAGCUCGAGUACUUUUCCAUAAUCAAGUCUGGGUCAUCAGCUCGGACAGACAUCUCGUCGGGGCUGGCCAACGAUGAGUUGAGGAUAUUGAAGAGAAAUUGUGGAAAAGCCUUGGAGGAGAAGAAGGCCAUCUUUGCUGCCUUGGAGAGAAACGUCAACAGCUCGGCAAACUUGGCUGAGAAACACCUUAUCGAUAUGCUUUGCGUUAGUGGAUUCAGCCGCGAGGAUCAAUGGGGGCACCGAGCUUGUGAGCCUGGGCGCAAUGUCAUUUCCUCCAUGGCCCUGGUCCUCCUGAAAACAGGCAUAAAUCACCCAAAGGAGCCAAGCCAAGGGCCCCCUACAAUCGAUCCUGAUCAGAUGGGCACAGCCCAGAAGCUCUUACUCUUCUGGAGAAAGCCUGCGCGAAAAUGCUGGUGGGACUCUGUCGUAAUUGAAGUGCCAACAGACAUUGGAGCCAAAUCGCCCUCGACAACCAGUGUCAGGGUGUGGGCAAGACGAGUAUGGACUCUGGAAUUGUCCCUUAUCUAG